AUGGCAAGUUGCAGGCCAUUAGGGUUUCUACUAGGGCUGCCCUUUGCUUUUCUUAGUUUACUUCUCUCCCUCAUCGGGGCUAUCAUUUGGAUUAUUGGGUCAAUAUUCAGUUGCCUGUGCCCCUGCUGCGCAUGUUGUGUUCCAAUAGUAGAUAUGGCAAUGAGCAUUGUGAAGCUUCCUAUAACAAUAAUUCAAUGGUUUAUUGAUCUAAUUCCUUGUUGAGCCUUUUCCUUUUCAUUUUUCAUUUUGUAACUUAGUUUAGUUUCUAUAUGUUGCACUGUCGAACUAGCUAGCCUUUGAA